AUGCCUGAACCCACGGGCUUGAUCCAAGUCUACAGAGCCGAAAACCCGAUUGUUGACGUCGUCGCCGUACAUGGAUUGAGGGGCCACGCCUUUAAGACAUGGACGGACAGAGAGUCAGGGAAAUUCUGGCUGGGAGAUCCAGAGUUGCUGCCCGCCCAUUUGAAGCAAGCACGGAUCUUGACCUACGGUUACAAUACCUCCAUUACAGCAAUCUUCGGCAAAACGUCGUCAGACACAAUUCUCCAGCAUGCGCACACCUUAGUGGCAGAACUGGUUGCGGAUCGGCAGAUGGAUGGUGCUACUUGCAGGCCCAUUAUCUUCGUCUGUCAUUCGCUAGGGGGUAUCAUCGUCAAGAGGGCAAUUAUCCUCUCUCAUAGUCGAAUAUCUGGGUCGAUCGUGGGCCUUCAUUCAAUCUACGUCUCUACCUUUGGCCUACUGUUCCUUGGGACACCGCACGAGGGCAGCGACAAAGCCGUGUUUGCAUCUUACAUCCGAGUCCUUGUGGACAAACUAGCCCCUUCAAAGCUGUGCAAUACCGAUGGCCAGCUCCUUAACGCGCUCAAACCAGACUCGGAAACUUUGAGGAACAUCACCGACAUGUUUGUCCCCAUCAUGAAGAGGUUUCACAUCUACUUCUUCUGGGAACAAGAGAAGACAAAUCUCGGAGGCAGAUACGACUAUGUUGUCCGCGAGUCUUCGGCAGCUCCGUUUCUCGAUGGUACGGGGCGUUGCGGCCUCCCAUAUGAUCAUAGAAAUAUGUGCCGAUUCGCGGGCCGAGAUUCGCCGGGAUACAAGGUCAUUGUCGCUACACUGGUACGGUAUUAUGAGGAGGCUGGGACGAUGAUUGCAAGAAGAUGGGAUGAGGCCGACAUCAAAUUGAGGACCAUGCGUACAAAUGAAGCCGCAGAGCUGUUGAGAGAUAAAAUACAACCUUGA